AUGGCAGACUUGAAGACUACUCACCCCGAUCAAUACUCCGUCCCUAGGGACGAUGAAGAAAGUUUGACGAUUGAGCGAGACUGGACGGAGGAAGAGGAAAGAAAGGCGAAAUGGAAGCUUGACCUUAUCGUGAUGCCCAUUCUUACCCUCGGCUUCUUUUGUCUCCAGCUUGACCGAGGCAAUAUUGCGAACGCUCUCACCGACAACUUCAUGGAGGAUGUCGGCAUCAGUCAGAGUCAAUUCAAUGUUGGUCAACAGAUGUUGUCUCUUGGUAUUGUCCUGUUCGAAAUCCCUUCAAACAUGAUCCUCUAUCGAGUCGGUCCUGGAAAGUGGUUAACACUCCAGCUUUUCCUGUUUGGUAUUGUCAGUACUUUUCAGGCUUUCCAAAACAACUACGCCUCCUUCAUCGCAACUCGAUUCCUUCUCGGUCUGACGGAGUCUGGCUUCAUCCCGGGCGGCCUCUGGACCAUCUCUACUUGGUACACACGCAAAGAGACGGCAAAGCGCGUCAUGGUCUUCUAUUUUGGCAAUCAGUUUGGCCAGGCUUCUGCUAAGCUACUCGCGUUCGGCAUCCUCCAUAUGCGUGGUGUAGCUGGUCGACCUGGAUGGUUCUGGCUGUUCGUUCUCAUGGGUGGCUUCACUUGCUUCUGUGGCUUCAUCUUUGGGUUCUUUCUUCCAGACUCAUUCCGCAACCCUUGCUCGACCUUCUUGCCGAAGCAUGCAGUCUUUACACCCAGGGAGAUUCAUAUCCUUAGAAACAGAGUCUUGCUCGAUGACCCGGCUAAGGGCAAGAAAAAGAAAAGAAUUGGGCUGACUGCGUUCAAGAAAGCGUUCAGCAACUGGCGGAUGUGGGUACAUUUCUUCAUCACAAUGGCCAAUAACGGUCCGCAGCGCGGUUUUGAUACCUACGCUCCUUCCAUCGUCAGAGCUUUUGGAUUCGCAGGCUUGUCUGCCAAUGCUUUGGCAGCUGUCGGUCUGUUCCUUCAGAUUCCCGUCUCGUACACAUUCAGUUACAUCUCUGAUCACUUUUCACGUCGUGGUGAGACUGUCAUGGUGGGCAUGAGUAUGCAUCUCCUAGGUUACAUCUUCAACCGCAUCUUCACAGAAGUCAACAGUCGUGGGGUUCGUUACUUCGGGGUCGUCUGGACUCAAACUUUCGGCACAUUCUCUCAUCCUCUUAACAUCACCUGGAUGUCGCUUACCUGCACCGAUUCGGAAGAGAGAGCUUUGGCCAUGGCUAUGGUGAUCAUGGGUGCCAACAUCGCUGGCAUCUACGGUGCACAGAUCUACCAAGCAAGUGACAGACCUCGCUAUCGAACAGCAUUCAACGUCAGUAUCGCCGUACUGGCUGCUGGUCUGGCUCUUGCAGUCAUCAGAUUCCUGGAUGACAAGUUGAGGAGAAGGAAUGUCAAGAACCAGGUAUCGGAGUCAGAGACUGGUUCUGAAGCGUAUAGCGACGGUGUGCUCAAAGCGGCAGCUCCUGCUGACGAACAACCGCAGCCGAUCGCUCUCAGUGGACGUAGAGCCUCGUUAUCAAAGGCCGAUAUCUGA